AUGACUGUUGCCACAGGCGACCCCUCUGAUGAGGCGGCUGCACACCCGGGGCACCCGCAGGACUACGACCCAGAGGCCGACCAUGAGUGUUGUGAGAGGGUGGUCAUCAACAUCUCAGGGCUGCGCUUUGAGACACAACUCAAAACCCUCUCCCAGUUCCCAGAGACUCUGCUGGGGGACCCCAAAAAGAGGAUGCGGUACUUUGACCCACUAAGGAAUGAGUACUUUUUCGACAGGAACAGACCCAGCUUUGAUGCCAUAUUGUAUUAUUACCAAUCAGGAGGCCGGCUAAGAAGGCCGGUCAAUGUCACCUUAGAUAUUUUCUCAGAGGAGAUUCGCUUUUAUGAGCUGGGCGAGGAGGCCAUCGAGAUGUUCCGCGAAGACGAGGGUUUCAUCAAGGAGGAGGAGCGCCCUCUUCCCGACAAUGAGUUUCAGAGACAGGUGUGGCUACUGUUUGAGUACCCAGAGAGCUCAGGUCCUGCUAGGAUUAUUGCCAUAAUCUCUGUCAUGGUCAUCCUGAUAUCUAUAGUCAGCUUCUGCCUGGAGACACUCCCUAUUUUCCGCAACGAUGAGGAUGAAAUGCACAAGUCUCACGCUGCAGUCUUUUCGCCUGAGACCAACACCACAAUCAUCAGAUACACAAACACCUACUUCACUGACCCCUUCUUUAUCCUGGAGACUCUUUGCAUUAUAUGGUUCUCCUUUGAGUUUCUAGUGCGCUUCUUCGCCUGCCCAAGCAAAGCAGGCUUUUUUGGUAAUAUAAUGAACAUUAUUGAUAUUGUUGCCAUCAUCCCUUACUUCAUCACUCUCGGCACAGAGCUAGCAGACAGGCCAGAGGAUGGUCAAGCGGGUCAGCAAGCCAUGUCUUUAGCCAUUCUCAGGGUCAUACGCUUAGUGCGAGUCUUCAGAAUUUUCAAGCUCUCCCGUCACUCUAAGGGGCUUCAGAUUUUGGGUCAGACCCUGAAAGCCAGCAUGAGAGAGCUCGGCCUCCUCAUUUUCUUCCUCUUCAUAGGGGUCAUCCUGUUCUCCAGCGCUGUCUACUUUGCUGAGGCAGAUGAGCCUGAGUCACAGUUUGAGAGCAUCCCAGACGCAUUUUGGUGGGCUGUGGUGUCCAUGACAACAGUCGGCUACGGUGAUAUGGUCCCAACUACAAUUGGUGGCAAGAUCGUGGGCUCCCUCUGUGCCAUUGCAGGUGUGCUGACCAUUGCCUUGCCCGUGCCUGUCAUUGUGUCCAACUUUAACUACUUCUAUCACCGUGAGACUGAAGGUGAAGAGCAGGCACAGUAUCUGCAGGUCAACGUGCCCAAAGCCGAUUCAGCCGAGGAGCUGAAGAAGAGCCGGAGUGGCUCCACCAUCAGUAAAUCGGACUACAUGGAGAUCCAGGAGGCUGUGAACAACAGCAACGAGGACUUUCAGGAGGAGAACCUUAAGACAGCCAACUGCACGCUGGCUAACACAAACUAUGUAAACAUCACCAAAAUGCUCACAGACGUGUAG